UUCAAUGAGCAUCAGAUUGGAUAAAGAAGAAAUAGGAGUUUUCACAGACAGAUAAGUGCUGAACUGAGAUGAACAGAUAAGGGCGUGGAACGUUGGAUCUUAACUUGAACUCAGUCAAAGACGAGACCACAAAGUAGCCCGGUGUUUUAUGGUCGCUCCAGUUCCAAGUAUUUCUGUAACCCGAGUGGUUGAAGAACAAGAAAGUGGAGAAAUGAAACCAGCGCAGAUCUUUAAGGAGAAAAGAAACAGGCAGCAUGCUGCCUUUUGUUUGCUGAAGGAGGGAAGUUAAACUCUGCUGAGAUCUGGUUUCACCAUGAUGGUGCACUACUGUUUCUGCAUGCAAUCCAGAAAAUAUGGAGAAAGCACUAUGCUAAAGAACCUGAAAAAAGCCUGCUGGACAUGACAGCACUUUGUAGUUGGAGGAACAGAAAGAAAAAAAGGUAAAAGAAAAAGAGACAGAAGACAUAAAAUUAUAAACAACAGUGAAUAAUGUGCUGCUGAUGUUCAAAUAUAUGUAGUCAUAAUGUACAUGAAUUUUCGACGCAUCCAUUCAUGUGUGCACCUGCUGACCACAGCCACAGUGCUUGUGGUCUGCUGGGAGGAUUUGGAGCUUCAUGUUGUGAGCCACAUGAGAUCUUAUUCAUACCGUUACCUGAUCAACAGGUACAACUUCCUCAAUGCCACUUCUAGCUCUGGCAACGUGGGAAGUCGCUCUGUGACCUAUCCAUACCUGAUUAACCACCCCAACAAAUGUAGAGCUGAAAAUGGCAAAGACUGGGAUGAUGUUCUUUUGCUUUUGUUUGUGAAAUCCUCCCCAGAGAACUUUGAGCAGCGCCAGGCCAACAGGGAGACGUGGGGUAAUGAGAGCUUUGUCUGGUCAGAGCUGGGGGUGAGUCUGAGGCUUCUGUUUGUUAUGGGCGUUUAUUCAGGUGUUGCUCAGAGGUUCCGCCUCCAACAUGCCCUGCAGCAGGAAGACAAGACCUAUGGAGACCUGAUCCAGCAGGACUUUAUUGACACAUUUCACAACCUGACCACCAAACUGAUCAUGCAAUUCCACUGGAGCCAAAUUUACUGCUCGCAGGCACGCUUUCUCAUGACAGCAGAUGAUGAUAUUUUUGUUCAUAUGCCAAACUUGGUGAGGUACUUGCAACAUCUUCUGGUUAGCCAACCAGGUACAAAGAACCUUUGGGUUCACAAAGGAGCUCCUCCAGUUCGUUGGAAAGGCAGCAAAUAUUUUGUCCCAUAUGAUUUGUACCCCUGGCCUUCGUACCCAGAUUACACAGCUGGAGCAGGGUACAUAGUUUCAGGGAAUGUGGCUGCAAAGAUCUACCACGCCACACUAGUGCUUAACUCUUCACUGUACAUUGACGAUGUCUUUAUGGGAAUGUGUGCCAAAGCUAUGGGGGUGUUUCCCAUGCAGUAUGAAUACUUUUCAGGGGAGGGGAAGGCUCCGUACCACCCCUGUAUCUAUGAUCACAUGAUUACAUCACAUGGUCACUCCACAGAUCUGCGCUCACUGUGGCGAGCAGCCAUAGAUUUUCCAGCAACCAACAACUCCAGGGGAUUUUUGGGUAAUCUGUACUGCACAGCUAUUAGGAUGAUGCUACUGUGUCGUCCGUAUUACCAGAACACCUAUUCCUGUACUGCUGCUUUUACAUAAAUGAUCUCUGAAACAUUGGUCAAUAGUUGAUAAUACAAAAAACGAAAAUAGUGGUUCUUUGGGUUUUUAAUCAUGUUUGUGCUAACUGAGUUGUCUACACAUUGUCAUGCAAUAAAGACCACAGAUUUCCUGUG